GUGUUUUGUGCGCUUCCCCCCUCCUUCCCGUGAACUCCAGCCCCUCGCGCUCUCUGUAUCAGCCUCUCAUUCCGUCUCAAUAUGUCUCAAGAUGGCGGCCAAUGCGGGAUCGAUGUUUCAAUAUUGGAAGCGCUUUGAUUUACAGCAGCUUCAGAGAGAACUCGACACCACCGCCACAGUACUGGCCAAUCGGCAGGAUGAGAGCGAGCAGUCCAGGAAGAGUCUCAUCGACCAGAGCCGCGAGUUCAAGAAGAACACACCCGAGGAUCUGCGCAAGCAGGUUGCUCCUUUACUCAAGAGCUUCCAAGCAGAGAUUGAUGCCUUAAGCAAAAGAAGCAAAGAAGCCGAAGCCGCCUUCCUUAAUGUCUACAAGAGAUUAAUCGAUGUCCCAGACCCCGUGCCGGUGCUGGAGGUGGCUCAGCAGCUGCAGGUGAAGGUGCAGAGGAUGCACGACAUCGAGACAGAGAACCAGAAGCUGCGCGAGACACUGGAGGAGUACAACAAGGAGUUCGCCGAGGUCAAGAACCAGGAGGUCACAAUCAAAACCCUGAAGGAGAAGAUUCGGGAGUACGAGCAGUCCCUGAAGAGCCAGGCGGAGAACCUGGCCCAGGAGAAGCAGCAGCAGCUUCACAAUGACUAUGCAGAGAAGGCACGGAAGCUACAGGAGAGCAAGGAUUCCAUGGCCUCCAAACUGGACGAAGCCGACCACAAGGCCCAGUCUCUACAAACAGCACUUGAAGCUACUCAGGCAGAGCUUUUCGAUAUCAAGACCAAGUAUGAUGAAGAGUCGUCAGCGAAAGCUGAUGAGAUUGAGAUGGUGAUGACCGAUCUGGAGAGAGCCAAUCAGAGGGCGGACGCGUCCGAGCGGGAGGCGGAGUCUCUGCGGGAUCAGCUGACAUCAGCAAACAAAUCCCUGCAGAUGGCCACUCAGAUCCAGAAGGCCCCUGACAUGGAGCAGACUGUGGAGGUUCUGUCACGCUCCAGCCUGGAGGCGGAGCUUAGUGCUAAAGAGCGGGAGAUUGUGCAGCUGGUGGAGGACGUGCAGAGACUGCAGGCCAGCCUGAGCAAGCUGAGAGAGAACUCAGCCAAUCAGAUCACUCAGCUGGAGCAGCAGCUCAACUCAAAGAACUCCACCCUCAAGGAGCUGGAGGAGAAGCUGCAGGAGCAGGCAGACUAUGAGGAGGUGAAGAAGGAGCUGAACAUUCUGAAGUCCAUGGAGUCGGCACCGUCAGAUGGCUCCACCGUACAGGACUCCUCCAAGCCCCUGGAGGUGCUGCUCCUGGAGAAGAACCGCAGCCUGCAGUCUGAGAACGCCUCCCUGCGCAUCGCCAACAGCGAGCUGAGCGGGGCAGCCGGGCGGGAAGGGAAAGAGGCCCCUGCAGAGAGCCAACACCGUGCCACGCCCCUCACUGCCACGCCCCGCUCUGCCACGCCCCACUCUGCCACGCCCCCUCCCCCCUCCUCCUCUUCCUCCUCCUCCUCUCAGCUCCUCCUGCGGGCGGGGCAGGGGGCGGGGCCUAACAGCUCUGACCCCGCCUCCGGCUCAAACGGCACACGCCCGUUCUCGCCCACGGGCAUCGGGCAGGACUUUUACAGCCCCGCCCUGAGCGGGACGGGCGCCGCCUUCCCCCUGGCGGGCAAAAUGGCCCUGAACUCGCUCCUCCACCGGCAGCUACUGCACACCUUCUACUCCAAAGCCCUGCAGGACUCCCCCCCCGCGGGCUCCCUGCUCUUCCCCCCCGCACACUACCCCCCCAGCCCCCACGGGCCGCAGCAGCCGGCCCCCAGCCCCGAGGCCAACGGCGCGGCGGCCUCCCCCAGCGCCUCGGAGGGUGCGGGCAGCGCCUCGGACGGCGAGGACAUGGACACGGCCGAGAUCGCGCGGCAGGUGAAGGAGCAGCUGAUCAAGCACAACAUCGGCCAGCGCGUCUUCGGCCACUACGUGCUCGGCCUAUCACAGGGCUCCGUCAGCGAGAUCCUGGCCCGGCCCAAGCCCUGGACCAAGCUCACCGUCCGCGGCAAGGAGCCCUUCCACAAGAUGCGCCACUUCCUGUCCGACGAGCAGAACAUCCUGGCGCUGCGCAGCAUCCAGGGCCGGCAGAGAGAGAGCCCCGGCCACGCCCUCAACAGGGCCGCUCAGGAGGGCCCCAAACGGAGGAGCGGCUCGGACGGCUCCUCGCGGCCAGGUAACAUCACCACCAGAAUCCGUACGCCUGAGAGCGGCUCGGACGAGGCCAUCAAGUCCAUCCUGGAGCAGGCCAAGAGGGAGCUGCAGGUGCAGAAAGCAGCGGAGGCCUCUCAGGCCCCUCCCUCCUCCAGCGGGACGGGUGGGGGCGGCAGUUCGGACGAGGCGAUCCGCUCGAUCCUGGAGCAGGCGAGGCGGGAGAUGGAGGCCCAGCAGGCGGCUCUGGAGCCCGUCCUGAAGGCCUCCUCUCUGCUAAGCCCCGCCCCCCUGGGAGGCUCCGCCUACUCGCCGCUGGCGCUCUCCCUGAGGCGGCCGCCGCCCUCCUCGCCCUCCCGCCUCCUGGACUUCCGCUCCUCCGCCCUGAAGAAGGGGCGCGCGGACUACCCCGCCCUCGACGGGCCCCCCCGGCCGGCGUCCCGGGGGGGCGGGCCCUGGAGGGAGCCGUGGUGGAGCAGCGUGCACGCCGCCGACCGCCGCGGCGCCCUCACGCCAUUGGCUGACGAGUCCCCCAGCCAGGAGGACACCAAGGAGGUACUGUCUCAGGGCAGUGUGUGUGACGUGCUCUCCAGGCCCAGGCCGUGGGGAAAGCUGUCUCAGAAGGCCAGAGAGCCCUACAUCCGCACCCAGCUCUGGCUCAACGGGGACCUGGGUCAGACCGCACAGCCUCUGCAGAGCGCCAACACAGAGGGGACCCCCAAAACCUCGGGCAGCUGCAGCCCCGCCCCGGAGUCCCCCCUGAGCUCGGCCGAGGAGUCCGUGAAGAGCCCGGGGGACCAGACGGCCCCGCCCAGCGACGCCUCCGAAUCGCAGCCCCCCACGCCCCUGCCCCCCACCCUCCCGGGCCACCCCGGCCUCAGCGUGCAGGAGAUGGUCGCCAUGUCGCCCGAGCUCGACACUUACGUCAUCACCAAGAAGGUGAAGGAGGUGCUGACCGACAACAACCUGGGGCAGCGGCUGUUUGGGGAGAGCAUCCUGGGCCUGACGCAGGGCUCGGUGUCGGACCUGCUGGCCCGGCCCAAGCCCUGGCACAAGCUGAGCCUGAAGGGGAGGGAGCCCUUUGUCCGCAUGCAGCUCUGGCUCAAUGACCCUCGCAACGUGGACAAGCUCAUGGACAUGAAGCGCAUGGAGAAGAAAGCGUAUAUGAAGCGUCGGCGCAGCUCGGUGAGCGAGAGCCAGCCGGCGGACGGCGGUGUGGGGGGGGCGGAGCCCGGCCUGACGGGCAGCCCCCAGCAGCAUCUGAAGAAGCCGCGCGUGGUCCUGGCCCCGGAGGAGAAGGAGGCCCUCAAACGCGCCUACCUGCAGAAGCCCUACCCCUCCCCCAAAACCAUCGAGGAGCUGGCCAGCCAGCUCCACCUCAAAACCAGCACCGUCAUCAACUGGUUCCACAACUACAGGUCCCGGAUCCGGCGGGAGCUGUUCAUAGAGGAGAUCCAGGCCGGGAUGGGCGGGGCUGCCGGAGAGGGCGCCUCCCCCUCCGCUCGCCUCAGCCGCGUUGCCGACGGCGACAGCUGCGACGGCACCGAAUCGGACAGCACGGUGGAAGGGCGGAGCAGCAGGGGGGUGGCGCCCGAGGAGUACGGGGGCGCAGCCUCGGAGGGCGAGGGUGGGGACCAGAGGGAGGCGAAGGAGGAAGGGGGCGCGGGGACGCAGGACGCGGCUACCUCAGCUCCCAGCAUGCCGUGCGCGGGCAGCAGCCACGCCGGUCCCGCGGGGGGGAGCUUGUUCAGCUUCCCCGAGGCUCGCACCCCCCGGGACAGCAGCCUGCGCAAGAAGAAAGCCGCCAACCUCAACAACAUCAUCCACCGCCUGGAGAAGGCCGCCAGCCGCGACGAGCCCUCCGAGUGGGAGUUCUGACAGCGCCCCCUGGGGGCCGGGAGGACCCCGAGUCUCAGCCCUGACUGCUAACGCUGGGAGCUCACACCUUGACUUUACCUGAGAGAGAGAGGGGGAGAGAGAGAGAUCAGGUGGACGGGGGGGGGCCUGGGAGAAGAGGAAAAGACAUUUAAAGGCGCACUUGAGUCUGUUUUUACUGAGAAAAGCACUUAAAGGCCCUGCUGGCCACAGGGUUUCAUGCAGCACCUGCCAGGGGUGGCGAGACGAUGCCUGAGAUUAAUCCGCACACGGUGAUCGUCUCUUCCGCCUGGAGGAAAACCGUCUCAAACAGAAGCAAUUAUUUUAUCACACUUUUUAUUCCUCGUUUUGGUCUGUCCUUCGUCACCUCAAAACUUUUUCUAAAGCAUCGUCUCAGCGAAGUUUUUCACACUGUUGAGCUGUUUCAGCCAUUUUCUUUUUAUCGUGUUUUGUUCUGUGUCCAUGCACGUUUUUCCCUGCUGAAUUACUGUCUGAAGUCCUGGGUGUUUCUCCAGGACGCGGGGUGAACAGAAGAGGUCAUAAACGGCAUACCUGAGUGCGUGCAGAAGGAGUUAGCUGGGCGUGCAGGAGCACCCUGGCCCUGUCCCUGUUCGCAUACUGCCAUCUAAUGGUGGACAAGCGCCACUACACCCUGAACAACUUUGCGGGGAAAUCAGUUUUUUUCUUAAUUCCAAGGAAGAAAAAAAAAUGCAUUUUUAUAGCAAUUUGGUUGCCAAUAAGAGAUUGCACAGUCUACUGACUCUAAACGCUUCUCAAGUUUGGAUUCCGAGACACGUACGGAGGGAAAUUUACAAAAAAGUUAUAAAUUAUGAAACAAACAGUUACUGUUUUAAAAAGAACCGAUCACUUCAGUGCACAAUUUUUUAUUUUAUUUUAAGAAAAGGUCAUGUCAGGAAAUGAGGAGUUUGUGGUGGGUGAUUUAGUGUUAACACGUUAGAGCUCUAGGUGUGUUUGUACAGCUCGUUUAUAUCAUGGCUUUAGCGGAUUUGGGCAGAUGUUCAGACCUCAGAUCGUUCUGUUUAACACCAUGUUUAGGCCUCAGAGCAUCAUGUCUAAAAGGCUUCCUUUUCUGGCCAAAAAUUGGGAGGAGGAAGGAGGAGAAAGUAACAGAUAUUUUUAUGUAAAAAGAGAAGCCUGCUUUUUAAUAACCUUUUAUCUACACAAAAAACACAAUGUUGUGAGAGACCUCAAAUGGGCAGGCAGUGUGGCACGAGCUCUGUGUGAUGCUCAGUGACACAGUGCUCAGAAAUGCAUUUGCAUUUUCAUUUAAAUCUGCAUCUGUGGAAGGCAGGAGCUGCACAUCUCACUGUAGGCCCUGAACUCCCUCAGUGAAGUUUGGGAACACACAUCUGGAGCAUGAUAGCCAUUGAUGCUCAAUUUGUGUACAAGUGUGUGUAUGUGCAUAUAUACACACAUGCGCACACACACUCACUCACACUCACUCACUCACACACACACACACACACACACACACACACACACACACACACACAGCCAGAUAAAGUAUGGUAUAUGUGCUCACUGAUACAUUUCUACGUGUAUGUUAUUAGCCUUCGGGCUGUGCGUGUCACACAUGCAGGUAACAUCCUGCUCUGUUACCUUGCGUCACCUCAUCCUCAAAGUUUACAUGAGAUAUGUCCACGGAGGCGGAGGUGUGUGUGCCAGCGUGUGUAUGGAGGGGGAGAUGUGUGUGUGCCAGCGUGUGUGCGGAGGGGGAGAUGUGUGUGUGCGUGUGUACGGAGGCGGAGGUGUGUGUGCCAGCGUGUGUAAACACUGCAAGCCCGUGUGCGGUAAACACACGUGAAUCCAAGCGUGAGAAACUGUGAUGCCAAAGUACCACACCAGCAGUGUGGAGUCCACAAUACCUCAGGCCUGUCGAAAUUCUGCACCUGCAGUUUUCACACCUGAUUUUUUAAUCAGACAACGGCUCCCUUUCAUUAAUAGAUUCAUAAAUCUCUAAAAACUGUUCUGCCCAAAAUGGGCCAGAAUUAACGGGUAAAAAUGACUUUUUUUAAAAAACAGUCAUAACCUGACACUCCUGAGCUCCAGAGCUUCUCCACAGAUGCAGUGUAUAUGCAUUAUAAAGCACCACCCCCCCCCCUUUUCAGUCACACUGCACCCCAAAAUGAGCUCUCAGUGCCAGCCUGCCCACUGCCUGCCCCUUGUGUGUGUGUGUAUGUGUGAGAGUGUGAGCGAGCUUGCGUGCAUCCAUGUGUGUGUGUGCGAGGUAGUGCGUGUGUUUUUAUACAGUGUGUGUGGGGUCAUUUGUACAUUACUAAAUGCACAGAGUGCACGACUGCCACCCUUUCUGUCCUCUUAAGCUGUUUUAUCAAACUUGAUAUUUACCUUUUAUGGCUAUAUCCUGAAAGACAUAUAUAGAGAUUUGUUUUGUUGUUUCUGCUUAUUUAUAGGUGAUGUAUUUUUAAUUUGUCUCAUUUGAUUGGAUUUCUUUUUGUUUAUUUUAUUAGUUUUUCCAUUCUUAGUAUGGAAGUGAUUAUAAUUUGGGCAUGUUACUUUUUUUAUUUUGACUGAUAGACUGCUGGCAGUAUUGGAUCAGGUUUUAGUGGUCAUAUGUGUAUAUUGACGCAUUCUGAAGACUAUUUUGGCCGUGCGGUGUGUGUUGUGAACUGCGUGAGGAGGCGAUGGGUCCUGCAGUCCGCACACUUCACGGUUAGGUUACUGACAGGUUAGCAUCGCUACUCUUUGUGCUUGUUUUGUUUUGAGGAGCUGUUUCAGGAGGACAAGCCUACGAUCACCUCAGCGUGCGACAGCCACGCGAUUCAGAAUCCAGCCCAUAUGCUGAUCUCUUCAUUUCUCCUUUUACACUGUAAUCCGUGUUCCGUACUUUCCCUUUCCUUCACAGAGUUAUGCGUGUGCUGAUUGGCUCGUCCCUGAGAAGGGCUGUAUCUGUGUGCUGAUUGGUUCUUUUCUGAGAGGGGACUGCAUUUGCGUGCUCAUUGGUCCAUCCCUGACCGGGGCUGUAUCUGUGUGCUGAUUGGCUCUUCCCUGUGUGAGGUGGUGUGUCUGCAUGUGGACUGACUCUGAUUCUGCUCUGUAGACUCACAGAAGCUCUUAGUAACUGAGUUGUUCUGCCACCUCCAGCAAUGCAGAAUUAGACUGACAGGAGACGGUUUUGGAUUUCACACUAAGAUCCUUUUCACUCUUCUACUUUCUGGUCUCUCUUCCGAGUGUGACUGGCUUUUUAGAGAUUUCACUGAUCUGAUAGGGCCUUCUGAUUACCUCAGUAAGGAACACAGAAGGACGAAAGUAUAGGUUGCAUUAAUCAAAAUUCAUCUUGUGAAUGAAAAAAAAAAAGCCCAUCAUGUUUUAUGAGGAUUUUUCCCCCAAUGAAUCAAUGGAAUCUCCGUUCCUGUCGUGAUUGGACUGAACUGAAACGGACUUGACCCCCCAGUGUGACCCCCGGUGUGUGACCCCCAGCGGCGUAGAGUGGCAGACACACUGUGAGGGGUGCGUGGUCGAACACACGAGCUGUAAAAUGGCUGCCAGAAGCUCAGAUCCAGCAGGUGCUGCAGAGACGGCGAACAGCGAAGGGAACUGUCAGCAUGCAUCAGGGCUGCAGAUCCCAUUCUGUAAAAGUCACAAAACAUUUCUUCCGCUUUUUCAUCUUGUUAUUAAUGUGUCAAAUAAUUCAAAAUUUGUCUUUAAAAAAAAAAACUGCAAGCCUUUUUUUUAGUCCUUACUGAAAAAACCAAAUUUAAGUAAUUCCCACUGAGCUAUAAAAGGAUGGAUUAAUACCUCACAAACCUUAUUGGACUGUUACUGAUGGUUCCAUAUAACCAGGCACUUUAAUGCACUUACUCCAGUUUGGCACACGCUCAAAGAUGCGUUAGCCACCAUUGCUUCCUUCCCAUGACUCUGCAAGAGGGGAGUGCCGCAUGGCACUCUGGGAAAUGUAGUCCUCGACACAUGGUUGCAAACCAAGCACAGCUUCUGUCCAGCCCUGUAGUCCAGCACAGAGCACAGCUUCCGGCCUUUACCCGCUUGGGUAUCUGGCGCCCCCUGCUGACCCUCACGCCUCUCCUGCGGCCAAGCAGGAGUGAUGUAAUUACUCUGGAGGGUGACAGGACUGUGGAACGGUUCCAAACCAAAACAUAACUUAAUAAAUAACUAGGGGUGUCUCAGUUUACGGUGUUUGUGCCCAACGGCGACUUAUAAGCCAAACUUUCUGCUCACUGUCCAGUGCUGUCCUACACUGCAGUGUCCUUUUAGUUGCCUAACUGUCACCUAAUGGUGACACCCCCCCCCCCCCACACACACACACACGUUCUGGUGGUAUGUGAGUGGAAGUCCACGCUGUGUUUUCAGGCGGUAUUGGGAAGGGAAGGAGCUGCACUGAAGUACUUAACCAGCAUGAGUCACUCUCGGGCCUGGUCAGUAGUCCAGGCUGACCGCGGUGUUGCCGUUGGUAACCGACAGCUCUGCGACUCGCGUAGUGCGGGAAGCUGGGCCCGUUGGCCCUCGGUCGCCCGGGAGACCGGGAGCCGUCCUGCCCGUUUCCGUUCCGGUUUUUGCUGUUUUAUUUUUUACAUUUUUCACGCCGAGCCCUGUGCAGUUGCCCCAUGAGAACGGAAGGCAGUCAUUUUGUUGUGUUCGGAGAGAAAAAUGUUUUUAAAUCAUUAAUUCGGUUGGCAUGAGUGUGCCAUGCGGGUUGGUUUCCGGUCCUUGACUCGAUCCCUGUGGGGUCCAUCUUCCUUCAGGCCCAGUGCACAUAACUAAUGCGGCUUCAGGCCCAAUACACAUAACUAAUGUGGCUUCAGGCCCAAUACACAUAACUAAUGCGGCUUCAGGCCCAAUACACAUAACUAAUGUGGCUUCAGGCCCAGUGCACAUAACUAAUGCAGCUUCAGUGAUUCAUCGGUUUUAUCUGAUCAUUAGAAUACAGCAGAAUCACACACAUCACUGAGCACGUGGUGGAAUGAUCACUGUUAAAAAAGUUUUUUUAUUCCUACCCAGAGUGCACUGUAGUCAUCGCUGAGGCUGCCAUGCUGUCUCCGGUCUGACUUUAUCCACGAGGGGCUAAAAGACUACACUUCCCUUGGACCUGAGGUGCUGUGUGGAUACAGGGCUUGAAAGAGGCUGGUGGAGGUUUGCAGCUUCUUCAGACAGAGCUUGUUUUUAAUGACACUGCCAUGAAACCGUUUCAUCUAAUCAGAAAACCUCCAUCCUUCAGAGCUGUCAUCUCCUGCUUCUCUCAUUAGUAAUGUGUGUCUCGCUGAUCAGCUGCAUUAAAGUCUAAUGACUCCAGUCCUGAUCGUUGGUUACAGUGGUUUGCUCUGCUGUAGGUCCUGUCUGCUGUAUUACAGUGAUUUGUCCUCCUGAUUGACUCAGUGGGCAUUUCACAUUUUCAUUACACUGUUAAUCUGCUGUCUGCCACGUGCAGUUUAUCCUCUGAUUGGCCGUGUGAUUUUAGUGCUCGUGUGCAGAAAAACAAACGGAACUCGUGUAAUGAAAACCAAAUAGCAAUGACACGGGUUUUUAACGGCUCAGAGAGAGCUGGGGUCUGGAUCCGGUCGGUACGGGGGGGGGUUAAUUAAGGGCAGGGCCCCUGGCUCUCUCUGCCAGUCCAGGGGCCCUUUCACUGGAGAAAUAAGCAGCAGAACCUUCUGGAAACCUGCAGAUUGAGCAGUCUUUACCUCUGAUAAGCCCUGGAAGGGUGUCAUUCAUUAGCAUUGUUUGGUCUGUCGGGCGCAUGGAGCUCAGGCGUCCUCAGUAGGAGGGAAGCACCUUGUGUGGUUUUAUCUGAUCAAACCUUGAGUGUGUGUAAUCUUAGUCUUUCCCAGCUAAACAUUCUAGGUCCCUGCAUAGGGAGGGACGCAACCGACAUCCUGAUCGCGCAACUUUCAGUCUCUACAGUGAGCGAGGACCAAGUCGUCUGUGAGACCAGCCACAGAAUGCUUUGGCAGUGCAUUCGGGAAUGAUGUUUCGGCCCGAGAAUCGAGCGCCAGGUCCCCGAGUCUUUCCUCUUCCGUCUCACACACAAACAUCCGGACUCUGCUUUGUGUUGUUGUGCGUGUUUGUGUGUUUCUUCACUAUAUGGAUCCCUUUGGGUCGAUGUGCACUCAUCCAUAGUUGUGUAGAACGGUUAAGUUUUCUAACCACCUUUAUGAAGAAAUAAGGGGCUGUAGUUAGUAAUCCAGGAUCAAGCACCCAAAAAAAAGACUGGUUAAUGCAAAAAGGCAUUUUUACACUCACAAUUGUGUAGCAUAUGUGUUUGCUGUGACAUAUUGUUUUUGAUUUCAUUUUAUUUUUUAAUCUUUUAAUACCUUGAAAACAUACAAGGCUGCAGUUACCAAAUGUUGUCACUCCAGAGUCGUUAUGAUUGACUCGUUCUCAUAAUUGUAAACGAAAGAAAUGAAAAAAAUUUGGAGCUUGCUCUAAGCAAAUAUUUUUCUACAGAACUAAAUCAGAUUGCUAUAGAUGUUCUUCUAUACACUGUCAUGUAAAGUUGUACAGAUGGAAAUGUAUAUCCUCAUAGUGUCUCCUCCAGCUGUUGGGUUCUUAAGAAGCUCCUGGCUUCAUAUCUCCACAUCGUGACUAAAAACCUCAGAAUUUUAUUUUUUAUUUUUUCUGUGAGAUGAAGGGAUGUCUUGCAGAGCUUUGAGAAUCCCAGUUGCACGCUCGCAGUGGGAGGGUCCACUGAUUCAACAGGAGCUUUUGUUUGUCUUGCAGCUCUUUGUGUACUUUUUCCCAGUUCCUUUUGAAAUAAAAAAUCCUUCACCUUCACUCUUAAUGACCAGCGUGCGAUGCGAGCCUGUAUGAACAUUACCAGGCGCUACCUGGCAUUCACUGGCAUAAAUCACUGGGGUUGGACUGGCUAUCGUAGUUGAGCUGUUGCAGUACAGUACUUCCUGUCUGACUGUCCAGAGGAAGGCUUCAUGAGCAGGAAGAGCUUCUGUUGUGCUUAUAUUAUCCGAUUCUCCAUACAUACCCAAAGGCUUUGCAGUAGGUUUGUUUUAACACUUCUGAUCUUGUGUUUUAAAUGAACUUUUUUGAUCUCUGGUCAGGUUCGUCAUGGCAGUUAAUGGUGGCGUGACGUUCAAGGC